GAGUAUGUCCUUUUGACACCUGAUGUGACAUGAAAACUUCAUUUAUCGUGUUCCACAUAAAAAGACCGCAGGCACUAUAUUUUGUGUGCGUAUACUCUCAUGCGGUCAGCUUACCUCUGUUUCGUAUCACUACGCAACGCCCGGACUAUUGAUUUCAAUGAAUGGUGGAUUAGCAACAGAGUUUGUGGACUACACUUGACGGGAGUUUUGAUUGUGCUUUGACAGAUGGACUAAGCGUACAAUAUACAGGCAAGGCGACUCUUUCCCAGUGGAUAUCGGGACUUUCAGGCAUGGAUAAUCGGUACAACGUUCGCACUGACUUCCCCACGGUGCCUGAUUCCCUUUCCAACAGGCGAGGCAUAUGGGGACACAUGCCGCGGAACGAGUAUGAUGAGAAUUAUGGCCGCCCUAAGCAGGGGCUUGGCGGAUACAGAAUGGACAAUGGGAGGACUCCUGCAGGCGAACGUAGCUGGUGUGGUAAAGUAACGUCAGCUGAUUUCCAUGGUUACGGACCCCGUUGGAUUGAUACGGAAGACCCAACACCAAUAGACUGGACUCGCAAGGGGCCCAAACCACCCAACUACUGGAGCCUAGACGACCCUAGAACAAGCACGUAUCCGAGAAAUUGGAAUCCUCGUGAUUACCAAGAGCCACACCCAUACGGUGGCGUUGAUGACGGGCCAUACCGCUGGCCAAGGGAUCCAAGAGUCCCGUCACAGUGGGGACCAUACGGACCGAAAGAAUUCCCAUGGGGUCCCGAAGAACUUGCUCCUCACGGCUCGCGGAUGGCCCUGGAGAGAUUCUAUCAGGAUUACUAUGGUACUCCACGUUCAGAUCCGAGGGAUUCUAUGCCACAACUCAACGGUACGACCUACGGUACUGCCUCAGAGGCCCACCGCAGGCCGUCUGGUGCUUCGCACUCGUACGGACAGCUUCACGGAGACCUACUCACGCAGCGGAACAGAGUAAGACACAACACCAUUCCUUCGGGGACUCAUCAUCGAUACGAUACAAAAAAAUAUUAAAGACAUUUGCUCGACUUGUCCGGUAACACUGCUCGCCACACUUAUCAUAGUCUUUGAUGAUAGUUUGGCAAGGUCCAUAUGAUACGUUGCAGAUGGGCGGAGGCAACUUUCAAAACAAUGCAGCACCUAAUUGAGAAUCAGAUAGGGAACUCUACACGCUUUUCAUGGAGAGAAUACUUUCCGUCCAUGAUUCAAACGGGGGUCGAGUGAGUCAUAUAUAUAUGCCUUCUACCAUAUUGUUACUUUAGCGGGAUCGCACUCUCAGGCCAGGAGAUGCACCGUAAGACGCCAAACUUUUGUGCAUCAGGGCAGCUAUCAAACAUGCCAAGAGUUCGACGGUCUCGGACAAGCAAUGGACGCCGGGUUUGUAAUGGCUGGUCCUAUGUGAAUGGUUUUAUUUGUUUUGUUACCAAUUCAACAGAAAUGUAAUAUAAGAUUCGCCUGUUUUAGAUAUAUCUUUUACUCGACUACUUUGUAGAUGUUAUGAAUGCAAUUAUAUUUAUAGAAAAAAAUAAAGCAAGUUGUUAAUUAAUUCAAAAA